GUGUGUUGGAAUAACUAUGGGUUUUUCAAUACAAAAAUCCACUGAACCAAAUUUGGAUCAUGCAAUUGCAGGCGCAGCCAGUGGAUUUACAACAAGAUUUCUAUGUCAACCUUUGGAUGUUAUAAAAAUUAGAUUUCAAUUACAAGUUGAACCUAUCUCCAGGUAUCAUGUUAGCAAAUAUAGGUCUGUGUCACAAGCUUUUCUUCUAAUUUUGAAGGAAGAAGGAAUUACCGCUUUAUGGAAGGGUCAUGUUCCUGCACAGUUGCUUUCAGUUGUCUAUGGAAUGACUCAGUUUUAUUCCUAUAAUGUAUUUAUGAAGAUACUGCAGCAAAUUCCACAGGUUGAAGAACGGCGUCAUACAAUACAAUUUGUCGCUGGUGCUGGUGCUGGCGGCAUGGCGACUAUUGUUUCAUUUCCUUUCGAUACUAUAAGAACUAGAUUAGUAGCCCAAUCAAAUAAUCAUCAAAUAUACAAUGGAAUUUUACAUUCCUGCAGUUCAAUUCUUCGGCAGGAAUCGCCGAGAACUUUCUAUUCCGGCUUAUUACCGACUUUACUGCAAAUUGCUCCACAUACCGGUCUUCAAUUUAUGUUUUAUGGACUCUUCACCGAUAUUUACAAGAAAUACAUUUCUGGAACUGAUACUAGUUUCUAUAACUCUAUGCUAUCUGGCAGUGCCGCUGGACUCGUAGCGAAAACUAUCAUAUAUCCAUUCGAUCUUGCUAGAAAGAGAUUGCAAAUACAAGGUUUCCGGCAUGGUCGUAAGGGAUUUGGUAAAUUUUUUCAGUGCAAUGGAUUAGUGGAUUGCUUUAAGAUAACAGUAAAAGAGGAGGGUGUGCAAGGUUUGUUUAAAGGUCUAGUUCCGAGUCAAGUGAAAGCGGCCACAACCACAGCUUUGCAUUUUACUGUAUAUGAACAAGUUUUAUUGCUCUUAAAGAUAUUAUGAAACUAUUAUGAAGAUAUUAUAUUAUAUUAUUUUAUAAAAAAAAGAAUCGGAACGGAUUUAUUCUCAUGUUCAUAGUCACAUGCAGAUACUUGUAAAAAUACAUUUUUAUAUUACAUGUUAAUUUGUACCUUGUAAAAAGACUGAUUCUUAACUAAAGACUGAUUUUUAACUGAUGCAAUUAUAUUUGUAUAUACUUAUAAAUAAGUUACAUAAAUUUUUUAUUAUAUAAUAGAUAAAAUCAUUGGAAAAAUAAAUUAUAUAGAUUUGUAUCUUUGACUGACUAAAUAUAUCACAAUUCAAUUAUG